ACCCAACAUGGUGCCACUUUCAGACAUCACUGAUCACACCAUGGGACCCAUUUAGCCUACUGUGUACAUAACUAAACUAAUGAGGAUCCCCAAUCAGAUACUUUAGUCCGGUUAAGCAGAGAAACCAUUUAAUCCAAUAGGCGGAUCUAAUGCCUCAUGCGAUGUCCCUGUGAUUGGCUGCGAGACCAAAACAAAGGUCGCACCUCCCACAUGGGGUGAGCAGAGGCUUAGGGUGAGCCUGAUUAAGUGUUGUUGCAGGUAGGUGCAAUAUGUUAGUGCACAGUUGUAAGCAAACAAUUGCAUGGAUAUAGACCUACUUCUACACCACGCGCAGAGAAAAUGGUGGCCGCUGUGCACACCUUGCUCACCUCAAGACAACAUGUUCAACCUGAUGAGCAACUUCUGCACUUGGUUCUCCAAAAUCCAGGAGCCAAUCAGGCGAGUGACUGUUCUUGUGGUGGGUCUUGACAAAGCAGGAAAGACGUCCUCCAUCCGCAGCAUGUCAAGAGUGUCCCACUCCGUGGAAGGAGGCUCCACCCAAGGGUGCAUGAGGAGUGAGCUGAGGGUGGAGAACUACCUGGUCACCCUGCUGGAUGUGGGGGGCUCGGUGGAGUCACAGGGGGCCUGGAGGGAGUAUUAUGGGGAAGCACACGGUGUCAUCUUCGUGGUGGACUCCAGCGACCGGCCAAGGAUCAAGGAGGUCAAGGAGGUCCUGGCUGACCUACUCAAGCAGCCCAGAGUGGCAGGAAAACCCAUCCUAGUCUUGGCAAACAAACAAGACAAAAUGAAUGCCCUGCUGGGAAGUGAACUGAUCGAGAUGCUCUCCUUGGAGAAGCUAGUCAACCAGAGCCGCUCUGUGUGCCAUAUCGAGCCUUGUUCAGCCUUAAUGGACCUGCGGCGCUGGUCGGAUAGGAAAGCGUUACGAGGCCUUCGCUGGCUGCUGCGAGCCGUCUCUCUGGAUUACCCGGGGCUGUGCAUCCGCGUGGCCCAGGACAGCAAGACGCCUCUGGAGCCCAGAGAGAGGAACGGUAAAGCAGAGAAGACAAGAGGAAGAAACAAGAGUGAACGCGUGAGAACCAGCAAGUCAGGCCUCCGCCAGGUUCACAGGCCAAAGGACAUGGAAAACAUAAGCAAUGGGGAAAGAAAGUUGCAGCCCAUUCAGAACAUAAUGCAGAAGGAGAACACUCUAAAAAAGAAGCUGAAGAAAACCACCAGAAGGAGGAAAAAGCCAGCCAAAGCCAGCAAAGACAAACAAGAUGAACAAGCGGCGAGUGAGAAGGAAGAAGAGGAGGCCAGUAAAGAUGAGACAGAAAACGCUGGCCACCAAGAGCGAACUAGCAGUCCGCUCAUCCCCCCUAAUAAAGGGAAACACACACAAAAGGGCAAGGUGAAAGAGAAGACAUGGGAUGUGCCUGAAUCACCACACGAUGACGAGAAGCCCCUCAGAGCCACGGGAAAAAAGAGGAAAAGGAAGAAGGGUGUGAAAGUUAAAAGAAGGAACAAAAUCAACACUGAAGGAACAUUUGGAGCAUCUGCUCAAUCUGUUGACCUCUCUACUACAUUUGAUCUUUACCGAAAAGCCAUACUGGCGCUUAAGGAGCGUCAAGAUCAGGGACAAUGAGAGAAAAAAAAGAGCCCUGCUUGUUAUCACGUCAUCCCUCUCCUCACAAAAAUGGACAGAACAUAUGUAUAUCAAUGCACAAAUGACGAUUUCCCAUCGGAUGCAUGAGUCUUUCAUAGGUUUUUCUUGACAUUCCAUCAUGUAGUGGAGACACAUUGUUUAUUUAAUAACAAUAAUAAUGAUCCAAAUGUAUGUAUGGCCAAAUGUGUAAUUUUUUAUUGUUCCAUUUCUAAUAAAAUCAUUUCCCUGUAAUGCA